AUGGGCCAGAUUGAAGGUGAGUUGAAUAAUAGAAAACAAGGAGCACUUCCUAACACCAUUGAAAUUCCUCACCAUAUGAGAGACAAAGGCAAGGAACAAUGCCAGACGGUGACGUUAAGAAGUGAACGCAUGACAGCAAAGGUUGUAAAAAGAAAAUCACAUGAAGAAUCGAAAAUCCAACAAGGCGAAGAUCAUGCGUCUGAGGAAAGUGUUCAGAAGGAAGAACAAGAACCAGAAGAAAUAACCACAAAAGCUCCAUCAACAACACAAGAAGUGCAACCACCUCCAUUUCCACAAAGGCUAGAAAAGAAGAAAAGCGAUGAAAAUCAAUACCGACGCUUCUUGGAAAUAUUGAAGCAGCUGCAUAUCAACACCCCUUUUGUUGAAGCAAUAGAGCAAAUGGCCACGUAUGCUAAGUUCUUGAAAGAUAUUAUAACCAAGAAAAGAAGCAUAGGGAAGUACGAGAUAGUGGCUCUAACGCAGAUCGAAAAACUCAUGCCUACAUCAGUGACCCUCCAAUUAGCAGACCGAUCGCUUGUUCAUCCGGAAGGAAAGUUGGAAGAUGUGUUGGUCAAGGUUGAUAAAUUCAUCCUUCCUGUAAACUUCAUCAUACUCGACUAUGAAGCUGAUAAAAAUGUCCCUAUUAUCUUGGAACGACCAUUCCUCUCCACUGGGAGAGCUCAGAUUGAUGUGUACAAAGGAGAGAUUGCAAUGAAUAUCAAUGGCCAAAAGUGA